AUGCUGGGACUGCAGUGCAGAGAAGCCUCCAGCAUCUUGAAGGAUGUUUGUGCUGGCCCCUGUAUGCACCACGCUUUGCUGAGACAGGCAGACCUGGAGGAGCACACCCCUAAAGUGACAACCUUGAAGAUACCUGAGGGCUUUGGGAAUAUCCUGGAUAAGCAAGUGAUUGGACCAAGCACUGAGAACCUCACUGUAUCUGAUUUCCCAAUACAGUCAUUUAAGCCCAAAGUGCAGAUUGCCUUCCAAAGGCUUCCAGGGCAGUGCCCUCGGGCAAUCCAUGUGGAGAGGACAAGAAGGCUGUAUCUCACCUUUGAUGUUGCUGAGCUCUUAGCCAGAGAGGGAAUAGACUCCAAUGAGCUGAUGUCAAGGCACCAUGAUCCUCACAAUACACCAACUGCUGAGGCAGGUCCCUUCUUUCCCAUCUAUCUCCCAUUAGAGAUAUUUGAUGAUUACGACUAUGACUGUCGAACUCCAGAAGACUGGAUCUCACUGGGACUGGAGCCAGGAUCUCAUGAUAGAAAGCCAGUGCCUGGAAGAGCACUCUUGCCUACAGAUGAUGUGCUGGGACAUGAGGACCCCAAAAGCCAUAAUUUAUUCUACGAGUGGAUUGAUGUUGGUGUUUUGGAUUAUGACAAGAACACAGAGCUCUACUUGGUCCAUAAAACGGAUAAGAAUGGGCAUGUGCGGGAUGAAGAAGGGAGACCCAUUCUCAAUGGAGGAGUAACUCCAGAAGGAAGAGCCCCUUUGUUGUCACGUCAGUACUGGGUGCCCCGCGUUCGCCUGUUCUUUCUGGCCGAGGAUCCCCGGGUGUUUGCACGGCGGGUGGUUUCUGCCAACAACCUGCGCAGGAAGGCGGAGGCGCUGAUCCGGUACCAGCUGUACCUGGACUGUAUGCCCACCCAGGGGGUAACCAGCAUCAGUGAGGAGAGCCUGCAGAGAAUUCAGAUGUUGGCUAUGAAUAAUCCCCAACUGGAGGAAGAGGAGAGGGUGUUAGACCUUCUGUGCUACCUGGAGAAAGAAGUGAGAUUAGAGUAUGAACGCACCAUGAACAAGAUGAUCUUUGACAACCUUGUCACUUGUGGACCUUGCGUUAUUUCUUAUGUCACCCUGCCAGACAAAGAGGAGGAGAAGAUACCAGAGAAAGGGCUCAUCUGGAUCCCAGACUAUCCUUUUGAGGAACGAAAAGCAAAUUUCAAUUCUCUGUCACUCCUGACCAGGCCAGAAGUCAUUGUUCUCCUUAUGCAGGUGCAAGAUGAGUGCAACAAGGUAGCCAGCAUGUGUCUGUUCAAUUCAACCUUAGCCAAGCAUGUCUGCUUGGAGGAGUUUGAACAGAUUCAGACCGAGACAUUCACUCAGGUUCAAGCAUUUCUCAAGGAUACUUGGAUCGCUACUCUAACAACUGCAGUAAAGAGCAACCUGAGUGAUGAAGAAGAAGAAACCUGGUACGACCUGGAAGAGAGCGACUGGGAUGAUUACCAGGCAUCCAAACUGCAAAACCUGAUGCAGCGCCUCAGGUUCAGCCUCCAGGACUCUCUGCGCUAUCUGGUCCUGAACUCACUGAUCAGCUUCACCCAACUUCUGCUGGGUGCUUGCCGUGGUAUCCUGAAUUGCUCAGAGGACAUGGAAUGGGGAGAUGACCUCAUUAAUAGCCCCUACAAGCCUCAAAGGAAUCCACUCUUUCUAACAGAACUUGUGCUAGACAGCAGUGGUGUUCACUUCAGCCCCCCUGUGGACAGCUUUGAGAAGUCCCUCAUGUCUCUGUUUGACACGGGAAUCCUGGUGACUCACACUAUCCCACAGCUGGAGAAGUAUGUGUUGGAGAACAUGCCCAUCACAGGCACACCCUUGCUGGACUCAGUGGGCUUGCACGAGCCAGAAGUGGAAGAACUACGUGAGGCUAUGUGGUCUGCCAUUCAGAAGGCACGGAUCCCUCUCCAAGCCUAUGCCAAGAAAUAUGAGAAGUUCUUGGAGCUAAAUAACAAUGACAUCCCGUACUUUCUAAGAGAGUAUGAAGAGGAAUGUCCAUCUGCCCAGGAGGUGAUGGAUAUAGUGAACAUGCACUUGUCUGACAAAGAAAACACACGCAACACUCUACCUAGUUCUAUUGUCAUUGGUCCUUUCCAUGUCAUUGUAAAAGGUGUUAAGCAAAAUCUGUGUCAAAAAUACCAAGAACUUGCCACUGCCAUGUUGGACCUACUUGCUAGAAACCUCCAUUUGCGGGUGCAGAAUAUCUGUAAUACCUAUGAAAGUGUCAGCAGCAUAAUACAGGAGAAGCCAAACAACAUCGAGGAGCUGACUGAGCUGCGGGAGUGGAUGAAGGGAGUCCCAGAGCAGCUGGCUGUGCAGGAGGAACUGAUUCGUGAAGUCAUGGAAGAUUACAAGGUCACGGAGAUAUUCCUGUACAGUCUUUCUGACGAAGAUUCCAAUGACAAGGGGGCUGCAAGUUAUUGGCCGACGAAAAUAAGUCUGCAAACCCAGGCCGUUCAGCUCCAGCAUGAGGAGGAUGAAGAGAAAUUUAGCAAAGCCCACAUCAUAGAUCAGAAUGGUUUUCAAGACAAACUGGAAGACAUGGAGCUGACUGUAGGUGGACUUUCUGUCCAGGUGGACGUUAACCAAGCUCAUGAGUUGGCUAAAAGAGUAAGGUGGAUCAAUAAGGAGCAGAAAGAUUACAGUAAGGUAUCCAGGAUGGUUGAGGAAUUCCAGCCAUACUAUGAUCUCUGGACUACAGUGUCCGACUGGAUACAGUGGAAUGAGAGGUGGAUGAAUGGUCCUCUCAUGGAAAUUGAGACUGAGCAGCUUGAAAAGAAUGUCAGUGACUUGUUUGAGACAAUGCAGAGAUGUGUGGAGCAGUUCAAGGAUUCACCAGCCUGCCUGGGUGUGGCAGUGGAGUUUAAAGACAAGAUUGAAGAAUUCAAACGCUACAUCCCCUUAAUUCAGGGGCUGCUCAACCCUGACAUGAGAAGCCGGCACUGGGAGAUGCUGUCAAAAGAUACCAACAUCGAUAUCAAGCUAGAACCCAGUCUGACACUCAGUUACUGCUUGGACAUGAACCUGUUGGACCAUAUUGAGACCAUUACCCAAGUAGCUGAGACAGCUGGCAACGAAUAUCCCAUUGAGAAUGCACUUGACAAGAUGGAGAGUGAAUGGAACUCGGUUUCAUUGACUGUGACACCUUACAAAGACACAGGUACCUUUAUUCUGGAAAACACGGAUGAAGCUUCUCAGCUCCUCAGUGAUCAGACUGUCAUGGUUCAGAGCUUGUCCCUCUCACCGUUCAAGAACCAUUUUGAGGAAAGGAUGAACACAUGGGAAAAUAAGCUGAAGUUAACACAGGAUGUCCUAGAGGAAUGGCUGAAAUGCCAGCACUCUUGGCUCUACUUGGAGCCCAUCUUUAGGUCAGAGAACAUCGCAAGUCAGCUCCCAUUGGAAAGCCAGCACUACCAGGCCAUAGAUAAGGACUGGAGGAACAUCAUGAAGAAUGCUAAUGAAAACCCUAAGGUCAUUUCUUUGUGCCCAGAUCCUACACUAUUAGAAAACCUGCAGAAAUGUAAGGAACUACAGGAACUGGUGCGGCAAGGGCUAAGUGAAUAUCUGGAGAGCCAGAGAAAUGAUUUUCCCAGGUUCCAAUUCCUUUCAGAUGAUGAGCUGUUGGAGAUACUGUUUCCUACAGAAGACCGUACCGCUGCACAACCUCAGCUCCAUAAAUGCUUGGAGGACAUUGCUUAGCUGCUGUUCCAGGAGGACCUGCAGAACUCUGCUGACAGAGAAGAGAUGAAGCUGAUUGUUCCCAUCUCUCCCAAUGAAAAUGUUGAGGUCUGGUUGCUGGAAGUUGACCAGUCCAUAGAGGCCAGUGUAUGGGACAACGUAGAAAGGUCACUUUGUACUUAUCCAGAGGUAGGAGUUUUAUCACAGACAGGCAGGUCUUGUAUCUUGAUUCCAGGCUUCCCUAAGUUUGAUUGCCUUGUGCUAGUGCAUCCUGGCUCCUCGGGACAUGGAUGUGUUUCAGAGAACUUUCUUUUCCUUACCUGUCUGGGUGAUUUGAUUGUCCUGGUUUUUGGAAGAUUGUCUAAGAUACAGUGAGCAGUGUUGUCAGUGUUGUCAGCUCUUCCUGUGAUUGAGGUCCAUGCCAUGGAUGUUGCAGCCAAGCUGACUGAGGAGAACACGACAAGCAAGAGUGAGGUUGAGUGGAUCUCCCAGCUCAGAUACAACUGGACCAGAGGGAACCUGAACCUUGGAGCUGUCAAUGCUGAAUUUAUCUAUGGCUGUGAACAUCUGGGCAACAGCAGCCAUCUGGUUAUCAUGCCUCUCACUGACAGGUAAGGAGAUUGUUUUUAUCCCACAGGAGCUCUGCACCUGAAAUUUGGAGGGGCACCUGCAGAACCAGCAGGAGGAGGCAAAACAGAAAAAAGCAAAGACCUGGGGAAAACACUAACAAUCCAAACUGUUGUGUUCAGCUGCUCCAACCAGCUUGACUUUAUGGCAGUGGGAAGGUUUUUCAAGGGAGUAGCCAGCACUGGUGCAUGGGCUGGCUUUGAUCAGUCCAACCAUAUUGAUAUCGAGGUGCUGGCUGUGGUGGCCCAGCAGAUCACAACCCUUCAGAAGGCACAGGAGCAGAGGGUGGAUCACUUUGUGUUUGAAGGCACAGAGAUCCCACUGGUCCCAUCCUGUGCAGCCUUCAUCACAAUGAAACCAGGGUGUGUGGGACGUACUGAACUGCCCAAGAACCUCGAGGCUCUCUUCUGUCCUGUGACUAUGAUGGUCCCUGAUUACUCUGUGAUUGCUGAGAUCUCACUCUACUCUUUUGGGUUUAAUGAAGCCAAAGUCCUUGCAAAGAAGCUCACCACAACAUUCAGACUAUUGUCAGAGCAGCUCAGCAGCCAGAUAGAUGAUCACUAUAACUUUGGGAUGAGAGCUGUGAAGACUGUCAUCUCAACAGCUGGCAACCUCAAAAGAGAGAAUCCUACUAUGAGUGAGGAGCUGACCUGCCUGUGGGCUAUCAGGGAUGCCAGUGGACCAAAAUUCCUGCAGGGCAACCUCAAGCUUUUCAGAGCACUUGCAGUCAAAGACCUGAAUGAGCCCUUGGUUAGUGCCAGUCUCUGUGUGUAUCCCACCAGCAUAUCCCAGCUGCUGCCCACAUCAGCAAAGUCACAUUACACCUUCAACCUCAGAGACCUCUCCAAGGUAUUCCAGGGCCUGCUCAUGGCUGAGCCUGGCAAGACUGAGCUCCUGCAGACAGCAGAGGACGUGGUGAGGAUGCAGGAAGAGCUGGAGCCCGCCCGCCCUCUCCUGGCGCAAGUAGCCAAGGACACAGUGGCAACCAUGGAGCAAAUGCAGGAUUAG